ACUAAGAUAAAUUUGAAUUUUAGAAUUAAAUAAACAAGAAUGGGACUUAACGGGAGAAAUUGAUUAAGUGAUUAUUUAUUAUGGCAGUUUUAAUUUUGUAUUCUCUAAAAUAAUUAUUAUCUGGAUUGGAUUAUAUUAUUGAGAUUAUCCAUUGGAAUCCAAUAGAAUCGCAAUCGCAAUCGGAAUGAGCAAAAGUUUGCAGAAGAUUGAACGGCAAAUCCUACAUCUCCUUCACAACACCAAAACACACACUCAUCUCCCUCAAAUCCACGCCCAUUUCCUCCGCCAUGGCCUCCACCAAUCCAACCAAAUCCUCUCCCACUUCGUCUCCCUCUCCAUCUCCCUUCACCAAAUCCCUUACGCCACUCUCAUUUUCACCCAAUCCCAUAACCCCAACAUUCUCCUCUUCAACUCCAUCAUCAAAGCCCAUUCCUCUUUCCCACCUUUCCAUCAACCCUUCCACUUUUUCUCCCUCAUGAGAACAACACACUCCAUUUCCCCUGAUAACUUCACUUUCCCACCUUUGCUCAAAGCUGCUUCCAAUCUCAACAACUACAACCUUGGCAUGUCCCUUCAUGCUCAUGUUACUGCACUUGGCUUCUCCGGCCAUAAUCCCGUUCGAAUUGGGUUGGUUCAGUUUUACUCUAGUUGUGGGAAAAUGAACGAUGCUAACAACGUGUUUGAUGAAAUGCUUGACAGAGAUGUUGUCGUUUGGAACUUGAUGAUUCAUGGGUUUUGUAAGUUGGGUGAUUUGGAAAUGGGUUUGAAGCUUUUUAAACAGAUGGAUCGACGCAGUGUUGUGUCUUGGAACCUUAUGAUUUCUUGCUUGGCACAGAGUAAGAAAUGUGAAAAAGCUCUUGAGCUUUUUCGUGAAAUGUUGAAGCAGGAUUUUGAACCAGAUGAUGCAACGUUGGUCUCGGUGCUUCCUGUUUGUGCUCGCUUAGGAAGUGUUGAUGUUGGUGAGUGGAUUCAUUCCUAUGCAAAUUCGAAGGGGUUACUUGGAGAAGUAAUUUCCGUGGGAAAUUCUCUUGUGGAUUUUUAUUGUAAAUGUGGUAACUUAGAAGCUGCGUGGAGCGUUUUCAAUGAGAUGAAAAAGAAAAAUGUUGUUACUUGGAAUGCAAUGAUAUCUGGUUUGGGAUAUAAUGGAAAGGGUGAACUUGGGGUUGACUUGUUUGAAGAGAUGGUGAAAGAAGGGGUGACUCCUUCUGAUUCUACUUUUGUUGGCGUUUUGGCCUGUUGCGCUCAUGCAGGUUUGGUUGAUAGAGGGAGAGAACUUUUUAAUUCUAUGAGUUUAAAGUUUAAGCUUUCACCAAAAAUGGAGCAUUAUGGAUGUUUUGUUGAUCUACUUGGGCGUUGUGGGAAUGUGAGGGAAGCUUAUGACUUGAUCAGAACUAUGUCUUUGAUGCCAAAUGCUGCAUUGUGGGGUGCUUUGCUUAGUGCGUGUCGUACUUAUGGUGAUAGGGAAGUUGCUGAAAUUGCAGCUAAAGAGCUUGUUCGUCUUGAACCGUGGAAUUCUGGAAACUACGUCUUGUUGUCUAAUGUUUAUGCAGAAGAAGGGAAAUGGGACGAGGUUGAGAAAGUUAGAGUGUCAAUGCAAGGAGGUGGCGUCAAGAAAAUUCCAGGGCAGAGUGCAACAGGAUAGGCAAAAGAAAUAAUUGUCCCUAAAUCUAACAGUCCCUACCAACUACCGCCGUUGUACUAUACUAAAGCUGUAGAGGAUUCAAAUUUAUUCGACAAAGACUGAAAAUGUUGUGUUAUGGAGAUUGGAGAAUGCCACCGAUUUCAUUAUGUAUGAGUAUUUCAAAACAAAUCCCAGUCGAGUCAAUUCUUGACAUUCUAUCAUUUUAUGGUUUUGAAUUGAAAAGGAACCUGUGGUCUAAUUUUUUAACAUUCUAGUGCAACAGGCACUGUGUAACAUAUUUAUAUAUUUUGUUGAAAUAUUUUUCAUUCAAAAUGGAA